AUGAAAGUUAGUACAUCAUAUCAACAGUUAAAACAAUAUUUACCAGAAAAUGUUGCAGGUCAUAUAAGUGCAAGAUAUGAUCAAAUCGAUUCACUUUUAAAACCAUAUAACUUACCACUCGAAACCUAUUACAUUGUCGGAAUAGCUUUCACAGUUUUAAUUAUAAUAUUAAUUUCAUCAUGUAGUGGUGGUGGUAAUAAAUCAAAUAGACGUGGUGGUGUUUCAACUAAAAAGGUUAAAAGAGGAAACAAUAUUAUUAUUUUAGGUUUAUCAAAUUCAGGUAAAACUGCAUUAUUUUUAGAUUUAACAUUAGAAAAAGAGAUUGCAACUCAUACAAGUAUCAGCCCAAAUAAUGGUGUUUAUCAAGUUAAUAGUAAGAAAUUACCAAUUAUCGAUGUACCAGGUAAUGAAAAAAUCAAAGCAAGUUUACCAAAAAUUCUUCAAAAUGCAGGUUGUAUCAUUUAUACCAUUGAUGUUACUGAAUUUAUCGAUAAUGCAACCCAAGAAGCUCAAUAUUUGUACGAUAUUUUAACAAAUGAAUCUGUUUUUUCAAAGAGAAUACCAAUUAUGAUUUUUAUUAAUAAAAUGGAUAUAGGAUCAUCAAUUGAUGUUGCAGAAGUUACAAGCAUUUUAGAAAAGGAAUUGGAUGAUUUAAGAAAAACACGUGGUGCUUCACCAACUGUAUUGGGUCAAGAAGACGAUAAAAAAGAUAUUUAUUUAGGUAAUGAAGGUUCAUCAUUCCAAUUUGAUCAAAUCCCAAAUGAAGUUACAUUCUCUAAAGGUUCUGCAACUCAAAAUGAAUGUGAAGAUAUUAAAAAUUUUAUUUCAUUAUCAAUUUAA